GACGGCUGUACUGCAAGAAAGAAGAUGAUGUUGAAAGAGAUGUAAAGAAUUCCGCCAAGGAAGUUGUAGACACCACAACGCAUCUAUCCAAGAAAAAAAACUGUGUUAGUGUAACUCUCUUUGGCUUACAGCAUCACAAAUUUGCUCUACAUGACCGAGAAAACCUAUCAUGCGUGGCUCGGAAGGGAGAACGCACACGAGUAGCGGACUUCGUGGCUGUCUGGCAUGACAGGCGUUACUCUGUUGCAUGUUCUGCAUUACACUUACGCAGUUUUUUUCUUGCAUACCAUCAAGACACGACCCUCGAGGAGAGCAGCUUUUGUGCUUCGCCGCCUUCCUUCAAAAGAAAACGGCACGACGAACAGGAGAAAGAGAAAAAGGAACAGUAUCAAGCCACCCGCGCAGCAAAAGCGCUUCAGGCUGCUAAACUUCCGUACAGCAAUAUCGUACGAAGAAAGUGUUUCACUGUGAUGACUUUGCAAGAUCUGCAUCACAAGUUUGCUACAUAUGACACUGAAAAUUAAUAUUUAUAUUGCUUGACUUCCGGGUUCUGUGAUCACAUACCCCAGACGACAGGUGACGGCGACAGGUGACGCCGAGAGGUGACGGCGACAGGCGAAACGACAGGCGAAAGGAGAGGCCAAACGACAGGCGAAAGGAGAGGCGAAACGACAGGCGAAAGGAGAGGCGAAACGACAGGCGAAAGGAGAGGCGAAACGACAGGCGAAACGACAGGCGAAAGGAGAGGCGAAACGACAGGCGAAAGGAGAGGCGAAACGACAGGCGGCGACGACAGGCCAAAAGCGCCAACUUCUAAUGCGGUUCAGCACCAGCAGCAGCAACAACAAAAAAGCAAAAAGUCAUUUAUUUCCGAGAAGAAAAAAGCAUCUCUCUUCUUUUCAAUAUUCAUGCGCAAAAAAUAAUUUAAUUUACUCAUAAUAUCCAAAACAUGAUAAUUAUUUUUUGCGUGUGAAUAAAAGAGCUGCUUUUUUCUUCUCGGAAAUAAAAAGGGCUCGCGGCUUUUUUGUUGCUGCUGCUGGUGCGGAACCACGUCAAACAAAAGCUGGCAUUGUUGGCCUGUCGCCGCCGCCUGUCCUUUCGCCUGUCGUUUUGCCUGUCGUUCUGCCUGUCGUUCUGCCUGUCGCCGUCGCCUGUCGCCUCCACGUGUCGCCGCCCCCUGUCGCCUGGGAUGUCUGAUUACAGUUACAGAGCCCGGGCGUCUAGUCAGAUUCGUUUUUUCUUUUCAGAAAUAAACCAUAAAGCUGCGACUUCCGCUGCAGCAAAGAAGUUCGAAUCUCGCAAAGAGUAACUUUUUGCGCAGCUCUCUAUUUUUCAAAAAUAGAAAAGCCUUCCGGGUUCUGGUAACGCAUACCCCCGGACACACAGGGUGACCGCGACAGGUGACCGCGACAGGUGUCUGCGGCAGGUGGCCACGGCAGGCAAACACCCUCCCCCCACUAGCGCGCCGCAAACUAGGUCACUAGCUACGCGCGCCGCGCCUGGUGUGAGGCGGGGGGGGGCGGACGUUCCUGGCCAAGAAUUCCUACGCCGCGUCCAUCCUGCGGGAGACAAGGCAGGGGCGUAGAAAUUCCAUACCGCCCUGGAAAAGAAAUCUGGCCCCAAGGUUGCUUUUGCGCAACACAGAUCGGAGAUCUCUUUCCCCGGGCGGUAUGGAUUUUCUACGCCGCGCGCUGCGGGCUCCAGGGUAGGGGCGUAGAAAUUCCAUACCGCCCUGGAAAAGAAAUCCGGUCCCAAAGUUGCUUUUGCGCAACACAGAUCGGAGAUUUCUCUCCCCGAGCGGUAUGGACUUUCUACGCCGCGUCCUGCGGGAGCCAAGGCAGGGGCGUAGAAAUUCCAUGCCGUCCUGGAAAAGGAAUCCGGUCUCAAAGUUGCUUUUGCGCAACACAGAUCGGAGAUUUCUUUCCCCGGGCGGUAUGGCCUUUCUAUGCCGCGUCCUGCGGCCGGGAGCCAAGGCAGGGGCGUAGAAAUUCCCUACCGCCCUGGAAAAGAAAUCCCGUCCCAAAGUUGCUUUUGCGCGACACAGAUCGGAGAUUUCUUUCCCCGGGCGGUAUGGAUCUGCUACGCCGCGUCCUGCGGGAGCCGGGGCAGGAGCGUAGAAAUUCCAUACCGUCCUGGGAAAGGAAUCAGGCCCCGCAGUUGCUCUCGCGCAACACAGAUCGGAGAUUUCUUUUCCCGGGCGGUAUGGACUUUCUACGCCGCGUCCUGCGGGAGCCAGGGAAGGGGCGUAGAAAUUCCAUACCGCCCUGGAAAAGAAAUCCCGUCCCAAAGUUGCUUUUGCGCAACACAGAUCGGAGAUUUCUUUCCCCGGGCGGUAUGGACUUUCUACGCCGCGUCCUGCGGGAGCCGGGGCAGGGGCGUAGAAAUUCCAUACCGUCCUGGGAAAGGAAUCCGGCCCCGAGGUUGCUUUUGCACAACACAGAUCGGAGAUUUCUUUCCCCGGGCGGUAUGGACUUUCUACGCCGCGUCCUGCGGGAGCCGGGGCAGGAGCGUAGAAAUUCCAUACCGUCCUGGGAAAGGAAUCCGGCCCCGAGGUUGCUUUCGCGCAACACAGAGCGGAGAUGUCUUUUCCCGGGCGGUAUGGACUUUCUACGCCGCGUCCUGCGGGAGCCAGGGAAGGGGCGUUGAAAUUCCAUACCGCCCUGGAAAAGCAAUCCCGUCCCAAAGUUGCUGCUGCGCAACACAGACUGGAGAUUUCUUUCCCCGGGCAGUAUGGACUUUCUACGCCGCGUCCUGCGGGAGCCGGGGCAGGAGCGUAGAAAUUCCAUACCGUCCUGGGAAAGGAAUCCGGCCCCGAAGUUGCUCUCGCGCAAAGAAGAUCGGAGAUUUCUUUUCCCGGGCGGUAUGGACUUCGUACGCCGCGCCCUGCGGGAGCCAGGGAAGGGGCGUAGAAAUUCCCUACCGCCCUGGAAAACAAAUCCCGUCCCAAAGUUGCUUUUGCGCAACACAGAUCGGAGAUUUCUUUCCCCGGGCGGUAUGGAAUUUCUACGCCGCGUCCUGCGGGAGCCGGGGCAGGAGCGUAGAAAUUCCAUACCGUCCUGGGAAAGCGAAAGGAAUCCGGCCCCGAAGUUGCUGUCGCGCAACACAGAUCGGAGAUUUCUUUUCCCCCGCGGUAUGGACUUUCUACGCCGCGUCCUGCGGGAGCCAGGGAAGGGGCGUAGAAAUUCCAUACCGCCCUGGAAAAGAAAUCCCGUCCCAAAGUUGCUUUUGCGCAACGCAGAUCGGAGAUCUCUUCCCCCGGGCGGCAUGGACUUUCUACGCCGCGCCCUGCGGGAGCCGGGGCAGGAGCGUAGAAAUUCCAUACCGUCCUGGGAAAGGAAUCCGGCCCCGAAGUUGCUUACGCGCAACACAGAUCGGAGAUUUCUUUUCCCGGACGAUAUGGACUUUCUGCGCCGCGUCCUGCGGGAGCCAGGGAAGGGGCGUAGAAAUUGCAUACCGCCGUGGAAAAGAAAUCCCGCCCCAAAGCUGCUUUUGCGCAACACAGAUCGGAGAUUUCUUUCCCCGAGCGGUAUGGACUUUCUACGCCGCUUCCUGCGGGAGCCGGGGCAGGAGCGUAGAAAUUCCAUACCGCCCUGGAAAAGAAAUCCCGUCCCAAAGUUGCUUUUGCGCAACACAAGUCGGAGACUUCUUUUCCCGGGCGGUAUGGACUUUCUACGCCGCGUCCUGCGGGAGCCGGUCAGGCAGCCGGCCCGAGGCAAUUUCCGCUAGUGAAAUUUCGUUAAAAUGGCGCUAAUUCUGGGAAUCGUGGGCCGGUUGGUUGGGUGUGGCACCCUUUGGGUGCGCGCCAUAUUCGGGGCGGAGGGCGCGGCAUAGUGUGGCGCUCCCGCUUUCCGUUUUCCCGGGUGUCGUAAGCUUCCGGGCCGCCUCCCCUGGUUGUGUGUUCUCCCCCGUCCUCUUGGGGGUGGGGGCCGCUUAUCGCUGGGCCCUUUCGCGCGCGCGGCGCCUUGGCUUUUGGUGGUGGCCUGCCCUCGGGUGCUCUUUUCCCCUACCUCGGGGAAUGUCUCGGGUCGGGCCCUUGCCCGGGUCUUCGGUUUUUCUUUGUCCGGCAUCUUUCCGAGGGGCGGGGGUCUUUUGGUGUGGUUUGGCUCAUAGGGGUUGCUCCUUUGGCCAUGGUUCAAAUCCGCCGGGGCCCGGCGCCUUUGCAUUUAUGGGGGGCGGCGCGCAGCGGGCCCGGCUCUGGAAAUCAGGCAGGCGCGAGGCCGGGGCGUUUUGGUCUUUCAAACACCACCCCGGUCCCGGGCGGUUAAUGAAGAGGGUAAUCCCGGGGGUAAUUUCGGGGGUUAAUCUGACCGCAACGAAAUCGGGAAGGUUUCGUUGGUUUUGAAAUUAGACCAAAAAUUAAACUACAGAUUAGACUAUAAAUUAGCCCACAAAUUACCCCAAAAACCCAAGGAGUUAACCUUCCCCCGAGAGGCAGUCACUCCGCCAGACCAUUGGGCUCUCAGUCGGCGCCGUUUGUCCUUAGAUGCCCUGCUUUUUCUCGGCAGGCCGGCCGCCCGCAGUUCCCGCCUCUCGUGGCCUUUGCGUCUUUGAAUGGAUUCCCCCCGGCCGGCGCCUUUUUCAAUUUGCCCCGAAGAUUGCAGGGGUGGCGCUCUGGAAACCCACAGACAACAGGUCCGCCGGGGUCGUGUUCCGGCCUCCGUUGUGAUUUGGUGGAGGCCCUCCACGCGCAGGCUUCGCAGGCUCCUUGGCCUUUCUUCUCUGCCGGGGUACCCUUUGGCGCCUUUCCCGGCGCGCGCCUCCCCUUCCGGGGGGCGCAGGGGGGUGCCCGGAGGGCGGCGCCCACGAUGACUAUGCGCCCCCGGAAAUAUGGCGGCAACCCCGGCGCGCUUUCUAGUCGGGCCCCUUUGGCGUCUGCUCUCCUUCGCUUUGGGGAUUAGCCAAAAAUCAGCCCGGAAUUAACGAAAUAGCUUGCCACGGGCCGGCUGCCUGAAGCCGGGGCAGGAGCGUAGAAAUUCCAUACCGUCCCGGGAAAGGAAUCCGGCCCCGAAGUUGCUUUCGCGCAACGCAGAUCGGAGAUUUCUUUUCCUGGGCGGUAUGGACUUUCUACGCCGCGUCCUGCGGGAGCCGGGGCAGGAGCGUAGGAAUUCCAUACCGACCUGGGAAAGGAAUCCGGCCCCGAAACUGCUUUCGCACAACACAGAUCGGAGAUUUCUUUUCCCGCGCGGUAUGGGCUUUCUACGCCGCGUCCUGCAGGAGCCAGCCGGGGAAGGGGCGGAGAAAUUCCAUACCGCCCCGGAAAAGAAAUCCCGUCCCAAAGUUGCUUUUGCGCAACACAGAUCGGAGAUUUCUUUGCCCGGGCGGUAUGGACUUUCUACGCCGCGUCCUGCGGGAGCCGGGGCAGGAGCGUAGAAAUUCCAUACCGUCCUGGGAAAGGAAUCCGGCCCCGAAGUUGCUUUCGCGCAACACCGAUCGGAGAUUUCUUUUCCCGGGCGGUAUGGACUUUCUACGCCGCGUCCUGCGGGAGCCAGGGAAGGGGCGUAGAAAUUCCAUACCGCCCCGGAAAAGAAAUCCCGUCCCAAAGUUGCUUUUGCGCAACACAGAUCGGAGAUUUCUUUGCCCGGGCGGUAUGGACUUUCUACGCCGCGUCCUGCGGGAGCCGGGGCAGGAGCGUAGAAAUUCCAUACCGUCCUGGGAAAGGAAUCCGGCCCCGAACUUGCUUUCGCGCAACACAGAUCGCAGAUUUCUUUUUCCGGGCGGCAUGGACUUUCUACGCCGCGUCCUGCGGGAGCCGGGGCAGGGGCGUAGAAAUUCCAUACCGUCCCGGGAAAGGAAUCCGGCCCCGAAGUUGCUUUCGCGCAACACAGAUCGGAGAUUUCUUUUCCCGGGCGGCAAGGACUUUCUCGCCGCGUCCUGCGGGAGCCGGGGCAGGAGCGUGGAAAUUCCAUACUGUCCUGGGAAAGGAAUCCGGCCCCGAGGUUGCUUUCGCGCAACACAGAUCGGAGAUUUCUUUUCCUGGGCGGUAUGGACUUUCUACGCCGCGUCCUGCGGGAGCCGGGGCAGGGGUGUAGAAAUUCCAUACCGACCUUGGAAAGGAAUCCGGCCCCGAAGUUGCUUUCGCGCAACACAGAUCGGAGAUUUCUUUUCCCGCCCGGUAUGGAUUUUCUACGCCGCGUCCUGCAGGAGCCAGCCAGAAAAGGGGCGUAGAAAUUCCAUACCGCCCUGCAAAAGAAAUCCCGUCCCAAAGUUGCUUCUGCGCAACACAGAUCGGAGAUUUCUUUGCCCGGGCGGUAUGGACUUUCUACGCCGCGUCCUGCGGGAGCCGGGGCGGGGGCGUAGAAAUUCCAUACCGGUCUGGGAAAGGAAUCCGGCCCCGAAAUAGCUUUCGCGCAACUCCGACCGGAGAUUUCUUUUCCCGGGCGGUAUGGACUUUCUACGCCGCGUCCUGCGGGAGCCAGGGAAGGGGCGUAGAAAUUGCAUACCGCCGCGGAAAAGAAAUCCCGUCCCAAAGCUGCUUUUGCGCAACACAAGUCGGAGACUUCUUUCCCCGGGCGGUAUGGACUUUCUACGCCGCGUCCUGCGGGAGCCGGGGCAGGAGCGUAGAAAUUCCAUACCGCCCUGGAAAAGGAAUCCGGCCCCCCCCGAAGUUGCUUUCGCGCAACACAGAUCGGAGAUUUCUUUUCCUGGGCGGUAUGGACUUUCUGCGCCGCGUCCUGCGGGAGCCAGGGAAGGGGCGUAGAAAAUCCAUACCGCCCUGGAAAAGAAAUCCCGUCCCAAAGUUGCUUUUGCGCAACACAGAUGGAUCGGAGAUUCCUUUCCCCGGGCGUGAUGGACUUUCUACGCCGCGUCCUGCGGGAGCCGGGGCAGGGGCGUAGAAAUUCCAUAACGUCCUGGGAAAGGAAUCCGGCCCCGAAGUUGCUUCCGCGCAACACAGAGCGGAGAUUUCUUUUCCCGGGCGGUAUGGACUUUCUAUGCCGCGUCCUGCGGGAGCCAGGAAAGGGGCGUAGAAAUCCCAUACCGCCCUGGAAAAGAAACCCCGUCCCAAAGUUUCUUUUGCGAAACACAGGUCGGCGAUUUCUUUUCCCGGGCGGUAUGGACUUUCUACGCCGCGUCCUGCGGGAGCCAAGGAAGGGGCGUAGAAAUUCCAUACCGCCCUGGAAAAGAAACCCCGUCCCAAAGUUGCUUUUGCGCAACACAGGUCGGAGAUUUCUUUCCCCGGGCGGUAUGGACUUUCUACGCCGCGUCCUGCGGGAGCCGGGGCAGGAGCGUAGAAAUUCCAUACCGUCCUGGGAAAGGAAUCCGGCCCCGAAGUUGCUUUCGCGCAACACAGAUCGGAGAUUUCUUUUCCCGGGCGGUAUGGACUUUCUACGCCGCGUCCUGCGGGAGCCAGGGAAGGGGCGUAGAAAUUCCAUACCGCCCUGGAAAAGAAAUCCCGUCCCAAAGUUGCUUUUGCGCAACACAGAUCGGAGAUUUCUUUCCCCGGGCGGUAUGGACUUUCUACGCCGCGUCCUGCGGGAGCCGGGGCAGGAGCGUAGAAAUUCCAUACCGUCCUGGGAAAGGAAUCCGGCCCCGAAGUUGCUUUCGCGCAACACAGAUCGGAGAUUUCUUUUCCCGGGCGGUAUGGACUUUCUACGCCGCGUCCUGCGGGAGCCAGGGAAGGGGCGUAGAAAUUCCAUACCGCCCUGGAAAAGAAAUCCCGUCCCAAAGUUGCUUUUGCGCAACACAGAUCGGAGAUUUCUUUCCCCGGGCGGUAUGGACUUUCUACGCCGCGUCCUGCGGGAGCCGGGGCAGGAGCGUAGAAAUUCCAUACCGUCCUGGGAAAGGAAUCCGGCCCCGAAGUUGCUUUCGCGCAACACAGAUCGGAGAUUUCUUUUCCCGGGCGGUAUGGACUUUCUACGCCGCGUCCUGCGGGAGCCAGGGAAGGGGCGUAGAAAUUCCAUACCGCCCUGGAAAAGAAAUCCCGUCCCAAAGUUGCUUUUGCGCAACACAGAUCGGAGAUUUCUUUCCCCGGGCGGUAUGGACUUUCUACGCCGCGUCCUGCGGGAGCCGGGGCAGGAGCGUAGAAAUUCCAUACCGUCCUGGGAAAGGAAUCCGGCCCCGAAGUUGCUUUCGCGCAACACAGAUCGGAGAUUUCUUUUCCCGGGCGGUAUGGACUUUCUACGCCGCGUCCUGCGGGAGCCAGGGAAGGGGCGUAGAAAUUCCAUACCGCCCUGGAAAAGAAAUCCCGUCCCAAAGUUGCUUUUGCGCAACACAGAUCGGAGAUUUCUUUCCCCGGGCGGUAUGGACUUUCUACGCCGCGUCCUGCGGGAGCCGGGGCAGGAGCGUAGAAAUUCCAUACCGUCCUGGGAAAGGAAUCCGGCCCCGAAGUUGCUUUCGCGCAACACAGAUCGGAGAUUUCUUUUCCCGGGCGGUAUGGACUUUCUACGCCGCGUCCUGCGGGAGCCAGGGAAGGGGCGUAGAAAUUCCAUACCGCCCUGGAAAAGAAAUCCCGUCCCAAAGUUGCUUUUGCGCAACACAGAUCGGAGAUUUCUUUCCCCGGGCGGUAUGGACUUUCUACGCCGCGUCCUGCGGGAGCCGGGGCAGGAGCGUAGAAAUUCCAUACCGUCCUGGGAAAGGAAUCCGGCCCCGAAGUUGCUUUCGCGCAACACAGAUCGGAGAUUUCUUUUCCCGGGCGGUAUGGACUUUCUACGCCGCGUCCUGCGGGAGCCAGGGAAGGGGCGUAGAAAUUCCAUACCGCCCUGGAAAAGAAAUCCCGUCCCAAAGUUGCUUUUGCGCAACACAGAUCGGAGAUUUCUUUCCCCGGGCGGUAUGGACUUUCUACGCCGCGUCCUGCGGGAGCCGGGGCAGGAGCGUAGAAAUUCCAUACCGUCCUGGGAAAGGAAUCCGGCCCCGAAGUUGCUUUCGCGCAACACAGAUCGGAGAUUUCUUUUCCCGGGCGGUAUGGACUUUCUACGCCGCGUCCUGCGGGAGCCAAGGAAGGGGCGUAGAAAUUCCAUACCGCCCUGGAAAAGAAACCCCGUCCCAAAGUUGCUUUUGCGCAACACAGGUCGGAGAUUUCUUUCCCCGGGCGGUAUGGACUUUCUGCGCCGCGUCCUGCGGGAGCCGGGGCAGGAGCGUAGAAAUUCCAUACCGUCCUGGGAAAGGAAUCCGGCCCCGAAGUUGCUUUCGCGCAACACAGAUCGGAGAUUUCUCUUCCCGGGCGGUAUGGACUUUCCGCGCCGCGUCCUGCGGGAGCCAGGGAGGGGGCGUAGAAAUUCCAUACCGCCCUGGACAAGAAAUCCGGCCCCAAAGUUGCUUUUGCGCAACACAGAUCGGAGAUUUCUUUCCCCGGGGGGUAUGGACUUUCCACGCCGCGUCCUGCGGGAGCAUGCAAUGCCAAGGCAGGGGCAUAGAAAUUCCAUACCGUCCUGGAAAAGGAGUCCGGCCCUACAGUUGCUUUUGCGCAGCACAGAUCGGAGAUUUCUUUCCCCGGGCGGUAUGGACUUUCUACGCCGCGCCCUGGCCUGGCUGCGGGAGCCAGCCAAGGCAGAGGCGCAGAAAUUCCACACCGUCCUGAAAAAGGAACCCGGCCCCACAGUUGCUUUCGCGCAACACAGAUCGAGGAUUUCUUUCCCCGGGCGGUAUGGACUUUCUACGCCGCGCCCUGCGGGAGCCAAGGCAGGGGCGUAGAAAUUCCAUACCGCCCUGGAAAAGGAAUCCGAUCCCAAAGCUGCUCUUGCGCAACACAGGGCAGAGAUUUCUUUCCCCGGGCGGUAUAGACUUUCUACGCCGCGUCCUGCGGGAGCCCAGGCGAGGGUGUAGAAAUUCCGCGCCGCCCUUGGAAAAGAUAUUCCCUCGCAAGGCUGCGAUUGUGGAAUACAGAGCGGGCAUUUCUUUCUCCGGGCGGUAUGGAAUUUCUACGCCAUCACCUUGGCUCCUGCAUGAGGCGGCGUAGAAAUUCCCUACCGUCCUGAGGACGAAGUCUCGCUCCGAUCUGUAUUGCACAAAAGCAAUGCUGCAGUCGAGUUUCUUUUUCAGCGGCGGCUUCGAAUUUCUACGCCAUCGCCUUGGCUCCUGCAGGAGGCGGCGUAGAAAUUCCAUACCGCAACGAGAGGGAAGUCUCCGACCUGUGAUGCACAAAGGCAACUUUAACUUUGAGACCGGACUUCUUUUCCAGGGGCGGUUUCGAAUUGUCCGCCCCGCUGCCGAAGAAACACCCUGCGCCCGGCUGUAGCGCUUCGCGCACUAAGCCACUAUGCGCGCGCCUGAUGUGAGGCGAGGCCGAGGGGCGGACACUGUCCGCACUGAUGCCGAACACCCUUCCCCCACUACCGCUUUGCGAACUAAGCCACUGCGCGCGCGCCUGAUGUGAGGCGAGGGACGGACUCUGUCCGCCGCGAUGCCGAGCAAUGUUCUCCAACUCGCGCCACUAGGGGUGCGCACAAGGCCCCAGCGUGGGGACCCUGUCCCCACGCGUGGACCUUGUUUGUCAUGCGCGCUUCCCAAGGGAAAACACGCUUCUAAAUCCAAUGCCUUGAUCCAGGUGUAGCAAGACAAAGAGUUCUGUGUUCCAUUUUCUGCAUCACAAGUUCACAGUGAAACAGUUUUUUCUCACGAUAAGCAAUGUGCAGCGGUUCACGUGGGAGAGCCAGUUCCUGCAAUCGCUGCUGAACCCCCGGUAUCAAAUGCAAAUAUGUGGUCUGGGUCUGGAAGAGUGCAACUUGUAAUGCUACCUUUGGAUUCCAAAAGAAAUCUGUAUUGCAUGAGCUGCAAGAAGAGGAGCCCAGUUUUUGCUACGUGGAAAUGGCGUUCUUUCUCAUGCGGAAUAGGCAUGAAGACGCCCGUAAAAAAAUCUGUGAUGCUGGGGCAUGCAUCACAGACAUUAUGGGUCAUGCAAAAUGUGCAUGACAAGCCUCGCAUCCUUCCAGAGGACCCAAACGUAUUUGCAAUGCAUACCCGGUAUCUGCAGCACGUGGUAAAAAGACACGUCGACGAUCCGGAUUUCCGCUGGUUUCUGCGGUAUCU